AUGGCAACGUCGACAGAUGACACACACGUGGAAGCUGAGGAAGAUGAUACAUUUGAAUAUGCUCAUGGGACUGUGAUGAUUCUUGCAUGGAUGGUCUUUGCAUCAACGGCUGUUCUAUUUGCGCGUUAUGGUCGUAAGAUACGUUUUGGUUCGAAGGACAAGUUAUUAGGUGAACACAUUUGGUUUCAAAUCCAUCGUUUCGUGGCUUGUUUGACAACAGUAUUGACACUACUUGGAUUUUUCUUUAUUUUGGUACAAGCAAAAGGCGACUGGGUAAAAGCCGAUGAAGGUCUUGUAUUUGUUCAUUCUGUUAUUGGUGGUAUUGUUGUCUGCUGUGCACUUAUACAAGCAUGGAUGGCACUUUUUCGUUGUCAUCCAGACGGUUCAUACCGUUUCAUUUAUAAUUGGCUUCAUCGAUUAACUGGAGUAUUGGCUUAUUUUCUUUCGGUACCAACUAUUUUUAUUAUUAUUACAACUUUUGAUAACAAUCGAACAGGCAUGAUCGUUAUUCUUUCACUCUGGUCUGCCUGGGUCGUUAUAAUUGUCAUUAUUUUAGAAAUCAUUCGACUUGGUAUUGGACCAUCAUUUUCAGGCAAAAUGGUGAAGGGCAAUGGAGCUGAACUAUAUGAUCUUAAUGGACCACCGAGUGUCAAUACCGAAAGUGAUGAGGGUGAUACAUCACAUUGGCAUGCACGGAUAUUAAUUUUGAUUCUAUUAAAUUUUAUUGUCUCCAUUGCUCUAGCUAUUCCACUAAUUGUUCUUCUUUGGAAAAAGACUUAG